CUGGCGUCAUUUGUUGACAAAUAUUAAAAUUGCCUUUGAAUGCCUUAAUUUGAGUUAAUUCAUGAUUUUAAGAAACAUUUUUUAAUAAUGAUGGAGGCAAUAGAUGAACAUCCAAGUGAUUUGAAAGUUCUCUUAUCUAGUAUAGAAGUAGAAAAUUUUAAAUCUUAUCGAGGAAAGUUACUAAUUGGGCCUUUAAAGCAAUUCACAGCAAUUAUUGGACCUAAUGGCUCCGGUAAAUCAAAUUUUAUGGACGCUGUGUCUUUUGUUAUGGGUGAGAAAACACAAAGUCUUCGAGUAAAACGCUUGAAUGAAUUAAUACAUGGUGCAAAUAUAAAUAGACCUAUUUCAAGAAUUGCCUCUGUUACUGCUACUUUUCAAUUUCUUGAAGGGGGCGAGAAGAAGUUUCAAAGAAUUAUUAAUGGAAAUUCUUCAGAGUAUAAAAUCAAUGGACAGUCUGUUACAAACACUCAAUAUUUGGCUGAAUUGGAACUUUUGGGAAUUAAUGCAAAGGCCAAAAAUUUCUUAGUAUUUCAAGGUGCUGUUGAAAGUAUUGCAAUGAAAAAUCCUAAAGAACGAACAGCAUUGUUUGAAGAAAUUAGUGGUUCUGGUGCAUUGAAAGAAGAAUAUGAUAAAUUCAGAGCUGAAAAGGUUAAAGCUGAAGAGGAAACACAAUGUUCCUAUCAGAAAAAAAGAGGAAUUGCUGCUGAGAGAAAAGAGGCAAAACUAGAGAAAGAGGAAGCAGAAAAAUAUAAAAAACUGCAGGAAGAUCUUGUUAAUAAACAAAUUGAAUUACAAGUAUUCAAACUUUAUCAUAAUGAACAAGAUAUUCAGCUUCUGGAAAAAGAUUUGGUAACGCGGCAAGCUGAUGUACAAAAAGCUGAAGCUAGUAAGGAAAAAGCUGAAGAAAUUUUAAAAGAAAAACGAAAAGAGCAAGGGACUGUAAAUAGACAAUUACAAAAAAUUGAGCAGGAGAUGAGAGAAGUGGAAGUAGAGAUUUCAAAGAAGCGACCACAUUUCAUCAAAGCCAAGGAGAGAGUGACUCAUACUCAAAAAAAAUUGGAAAGCGCUUUGAAAACUUUGGAUCAAGCUCGAAAAGCAAAUGAAGCUCAUCAGAAUGACAUCAAAGGGCUUGAAGAUGAACGUGCCAGUGUUGAAGCCGCUUAUGCAGAAUAUGAGAACAACAUUGCUGGAGAAUUACAAAGUCGUGGAAAAGAUGUUAAAUUAGAAGAAGAACAGGUUCGUGAAUAUGAAAGACUGAAAGAAGAGGGCAGCAUGCGCUCUGCAAGAUACUUACAACAAUUGGAUUCUGUGAAUAGAGUACAAAAAUCUGACCAGGAUAGACUAGACAAUGAGAUACGUAAAAAAAGUCAAAUAGAAAAUCAGCAUAGACAAAAAGGACAAGAAAAAGCAGAAGCACAAAAAAGAAUUGAGAAGCUAGCUGAGCAUAUCAAAACUACUGAGCAAGCAUUGGAAGAACAAAAACGAAUUAGAGAAGAACUGGAAAGUGAUGUAGGCAGUUCAAAAGGUCGAGUGCAAGAGUUGCAAUCUGAACUUGAUAAUAUAGUAGAACAAUUGGGUGAUGCCAAAACAGAUAAACAUGAAGAUUCAAGACGAAAGAAAAAGAAAGAAAUAGUUGACAGCUUUAAGAAAGAAGUUCCUGGUGUUUAUGAUCGUAUGAUAAAUAUGUGUCAACCACAGCAUAAGCGAUACAAUGUUGCUGUAACUAAAGUACUUGGUAAAUAUAUGGAAGCUAUAGUUGUUGAUACUGAAAAGACAGCAAGAAAAUGCAUUCAAAUUUUGAAAGAACAACGUCUGGAACCUGAGACAUUUUUGCCUUUAGAUUAUAUUCAAGCAAAGCCUCUUAAAGAACGAUUAAGAAAUAUUCGUGAACCCAAAAAUGUUUGUCUUCUCUUUGAUGUUCUUUGUUUUGAGCCUCCUGCCAUUGAACGAGCUGUACUUUUUGCAACAAAUAAUGCUUUAGUAUGUGAGACUCCAGAGGAUGCUAUGAAAGUAGCUUAUGAUUUGGAUGGCAAAAACAGAUAUGAUGCAUUAGCAUUAGAUGGUACAUUCUAUCAAAAAUCUGGUAUAAUAUCUGGUGGCAGUUUGGAUCUUGCUCGAAAAGCUAAAAGAUGGGACGAAAAACAUAUGGCACAGCUAAAAGCCAAAAAAGAAAAAAUAACAGAUGAACUCCGUGAAGCUAUGAAAAAGUCUCGAAAAGAAAGUGAACUCACGACAGUUGAAUCACAAAUUAGAGGACUUGAAACAAGAUUGCGUUAUUCUAAAAAUGAUAAGGAGACUACAUCAAAACAAAUUCAAUCUUUAGAGCGUGAAAUCAAACAGCUUGCAAAGCAAAUGGAUCAGUUUGGACCAAAUAUUGCUGAUAUUGAGCGCACAAUGUUAGAGCGAGAUCAGAAAAUUCAAGAAAUCAAAGAAAGUAUGAACAAUGUUGAGGAUGUUGUAUUUGCUAAAUUUUGUGAACAAAUUGGAGUGGAUAAUAUAAGACAAUAUGAGGAAAGAGAAUUACGUACUCAACAAGAACGGGCUAAGAAGAAAAUGGAAUUUGAAGGACAUAUUGAUCGUAUAACGAGUAAUUUAGAGUUUGAGAAAUCUAGAGAUACUCAAAAAAAUGUGCAAAGAUGGGAACGUACUGUACAAGAUGAUGAAGAUGAGCUAGAAACUAGUAAGCAGGCUGAAUUAAAACAAAGGCAAGAUAUUGACGCUUUAAAAGAGAAAGUAGAUACAUUAAAAGGGGAGAAACAGGCAAAAAAAGCAAUUCAUGAUGCAAUGGAAGAGGAAAUUGGAAAGGCUCGCAGAGAAGUUGGUUCAUUGAGUAAAGAUGUCGUUACAGCACAGAAAAAUGUGUCUUCCAUCGAAUCAAAACUUGAUAGCAAAAGGAAUGAACGUCAUAAUAUACUGAUGCAGUGCAAAAUGGAUUCUAUAGCAAUCCCAUUUUUGAGUGGAUCCUUAGAAGAUGUAGCUACUCAAGAUACUACUUUGCAAAAUGGUGAAGGUACCAGUCGUGCUACAGCAUCAAAUUUCGGGGAAAAGGAAUCUAGAAUACAAAUUGAUUAUUCAGAACUGGCAAGAGAUUUAAGGAAAAAAAAUGAUCCAGAUGAUAUUAAAAAAACAACUGAUAAAAUGACAAAAUCUGUAAAUUCUUUAGAAGAUACUAUUCAUAGAAUCCAAGCACCUAACUUGAAAGCUUCUCAAAAAUUAGAGGAAGUUAGAGUGAAGAUACAGAUGACAAAUGAAGAAUUUGAAGCAGCUCGCAAAAGAACUAAGAAAGCUAAACUAGAUUUUGACAGAGUCAAGCAAGAACGUCACGAUAAAUUCAUGAAGUGUUUUGUGCACGUCAGCAAUGAAAUAGAUGAAAUUUAUAAAAAAUUAGCCAAGAACCCAGGUGCCCAGGCUUUUCUAGGUUUGGAAAAUCCAGAAGAACCUUAUUUGGAUGGUGUCAAUUAUAAUUGUGUUGCUCCAGGAAAACGUUUUCAGCCUAUGUCCAACUUAUCAGGAGGAGAAAAGACUAUAGCUGCUUUAGCACUGUUAUUUGCUAUACACAGUUACCAGCCAGCGCCAUUCUUUGUAUUAGAUGAAAUAGAUGCAGCUUUGGAUAAUACAAACAUUGGAAAAGUUGCUCACUAUAUAAGAAAAUCAAAAACGGAUUUGCAAACUCUAGUAAUAUCUUUAAAAGAAGAAUUUUAUUGUCAUGCUGAUCGAUUAGUUGGCAUUGUACCAGAGCCUGCUGAUUGUCUUGUUAGUAAUGUGCUAACAUUUGAUUUAGCAGCUUAUCCCCCUUAAGGAGAAUAUAUUAGAAUACUUAAGUGACUUGAUUUAUUAUAGAUUUAACAAUAAUGAUGGAAUAUGAUUUUAAAUCAUUUUAUUAAUUAAUUUUUACAAAAAUAUUGGUAUUUUGAGAAUCUUAUAUUAGAUUAAGAAAUAAAUGGUCCAUUC